GUUUGAGGCCUGCUCAGUCGUUCCUAAUGAAUAAAAACCAGGUGCCAAAGCUUCAGCCCCAGAUAACUAUGAUUCCUCCCAGUGCACAGCCACCACGCACUCAAACACCACCUCUGGGACAGACACCACAACUUGGUCUCAAAACUAAUCCACCACUUAUCCAGGAAAAGCCUGCCAAGACUAGCAAAAAGCCACCACCAUCAAAGGAAGAACUACUUAAACAGACUGAAGCCGUUGUGACUGAAUAUCUGAAUAGUGGAAAUGCAAAUGAGGCCGUCAAUGGCAUGAGAGAAAUGAGAGCCCCGAAACACUUUCUUCCUGAGAUGUUAAGCAAAGUGAUCAUCCUGUCACUAGAUAGAAGUGAUGAAGAUAAAGAAAAAGCGAGCUCUUUGAUCAGUUUACUCAAACAGGAAGGAAUAGCCACAAGUGACAACUUCAUGCAGGCUUUCCUGAACGUAUUGGAGCAGUGCCCCAAACUAGAGGUUGACAUCCCCUUGGUGAAAUCUUAUUUGGCACAGUUUGCAGCUCGUGCUAUAAUUUCAGAGUUGGUGAGCAUUUCAGAACUAGCUCAACCACUGGAGAGUGGCACCCACUUCCCUCUCUUCUUACUUUGUCUUCAACAAUUAGCUAAAUUACAAGAUCGAGAAUGGCUAACUGAACUUUUUCAACAAAGCAAGGUCAAUAUGCAGAAAAUGCUGCCAGAAAUUGAUCAGAAUAAAGAUCGAAUGUUGGAGAUUCUGGAAGGAAAGGGAUUGAGUUUCUUAUUCCCGCUCCUUAAAUUGGAGAAGGAACUACUGAAGCAAAUUAAGCUGGAUCCAUCCCCUCAAACUAUAUAUAAAUGGAUUAAAGAUAACAUCUCUCCCAAACUUCAUGUAGAUAAAGGAUUUGUGAACAUCUUAAUGACCAGCUUCUUACAGUACAUUUCUAGUGAAGUAAGCCCACCUAGUGAUGAAACAGAUUCUUCCUCUGCUCCUUCCAAAGAACAGUUAGAGCAGGAGAAACAGCUGCUGCUCUCUUUCAAGCCAGUGAUGCAGAAAUUCCUUCAUGACCAUGUGGAUCUACAGGUCAGUGCCCUGUAUGCUCUGCAGGUGCACUGUUAUAACAGCAGCUUCCCCAAAGGCAUGUUACUUCGAUUUUUUGUUCAUUUCUAUGACAUGGAAAUUAUUGAGGAGGAAGCUUUCUUGGCUUGGAAGGAAGACAUAACUCAAGAGUUUCCAGGAAAAGGCAAGGCUUUGUUCCAGGUAAGCGCUUUGUUAAGAUUUUUUUUUCUAUUGACUUGGCUUGGUUGUUUUUGGUAGUAUUUUAAAUGGACCUCUUCCUAACUUCAAUGCAUCAAAGAGUAUGUUAGCCUGCAAGAUGUGGUUAAAUAGGCAGUUAGCAAAUGAGAUGAAGAUACGGGAUGAAGUCAUGCUUAAAACCAUAGUGCUGUGUAAAGGGGUUAUAGAUAGGUAACAAUUUUGAUGGCAAAGCUGCUUACUCACAUGGUUAACAGAAUAAAGGCAUUUGGGUUUAAAACUAAAAGUGAAAAAAGCAUACUUUGUAGUUUGAUAUUACCCAGUAGAAUAGAGCUCUGGAAAUAGACAUGAAAGAACUCUAGAUCCAUGGUGUGCAUAAAAUUAGCUUUUUGAAGAAUUUAAAAGUAGGAUCUCAGCCUGGUGCUAGCAAAAAGGUCUUAACACAGUUCAGAUAGUUCUACUAAUAGUAUAGUUCUAGCUAAGGCCUCAGCUUUGAGGAAGCCCUGGUUUACAGCUUCUAAUCUAAGGUUUAUAGACUACUUUGUAAGGAGUGUUUAAGACAAGGCUCGACACUCAUUGUAUCUGAUCCUGUUCUCUGGUGGGCAACUACAGAGAUAGCUCAGCAACUACUCAAAACCGUCUUAUCUCCAGUUCCCAAAGGUUCAGUCCCCUUUUUGGCUGUUGGGCCCUGUGCGUACAUGGUACACAGUCAUAUACCAGUCAGUCAUCCAUAUGUGCACAAAUGUUUUAAAGGAAGGAGGGCUGGAAAUGGCUCAAUAGGUAAAGCUUGUGAAGACCAGACUCCAGAAUCAACUUACUCUCUGGGUGGACUUCUUGAUUGUAUAUCCUGAACAAAACUUUUUUUUUUAAAGAUUUAUUUUGUAUGUAUGUCUAUAAAGGUGUCAGAACCCCUGGAAUUGGAGCUUUAGACAGUUCUGAGUUGCUAUGUUGUAGGUGCUGGCUA